AUGCCUGAAAAUAAAAAUUUGGUUCAGUGCUAUAAUCGUGGAUGCGGUAAACUUUUCGAACUCGAUAGCAAUGAUAAAGAUGAAUGCUGUCAUCAUCCUGGUGCCCCAGUGUUUCAUGAUGCCUAUAAAGGAUGGUCAUGUUGUAAUAAAAAGAGUGUUGAUUUCACAGAAUUUUUGAACAUAAAAGGAUGUACCUUAUCCAGACACUCUAAUGUAAAACCACCAGAACCUGAGAAGAAAGUAUUAGAUAAAGAAUUGGAUAAAAAGGAAGUAAUUGAAGUUAGAGCUCCAGUAGUUGGACCACAGUUACCGCGACCUCCAUUUGACACUCCUUUAGUAACUUUAGAAGCCCGUAUAGCUGACUCAUUGAAAAAUACUGUCCAAAAGUCUAAUCAAAAGGCUGUUGCUGAUCCAGAUGGUGCUAUAGCUAUAGGUACAACUUGUAAAAAUGGAGGAUGCAAUACAGCAUAUGAAGGUCCACAAACAAAUGAUUCAAUAUGUACUUAUCAUCCCGGUUGCCCGGUGUUUCAUGAAGGCCUUAAAUUUUGGUCAUGUUGCCAAAAAAGAACUACAGACUUCAACACUUUCCUGGCUCAACCUGGUUGCACGACAGGCACCCACAAAUGGUUUAAAGAGGGUACACCUGCUGGUACUGUAAAAUGUCGUUGGGAUUGGCAUCAAACACCUGAUUUUGUUAUUGUAAGUGUGUAUGCCAAAAAAUAUGAUCCUACCGCCAGCUAUAUAAAAUUAAAUCCAAUUCGCUUGAAUACAAAGUUGGUUUUCCAUGAAGAAGGCAAUGCAGUAUUUGAAUUGGACUUGGAGUUGCGUGGAGUAAUUGAUGUAGAGCAAAGCAGUGCUUCGAUGCUUGGAACAAAAGUUGAAAUUAAACUGAAGAAAGCUGAACCAGGUGCAUGGAGCAAGUUAGAUUUUCCUAGGGCCGAGCCAAAACAGGAAGCAGUGCAACCAACAUUACAACAGGAAGAGAAGGAUGAUUUAGUAGAUUUGUCUUCUGUUGAAGCUAUUUCGUCUAUAAAUAAGGUUAAUAUAACAGGUUGA